ACGCUCGAGCAAUCGGCUCAUUCGCCACAUACGCCUCGUGGGGAAAACACCACGUUUCACUUGGCAGUGCACAAUGAAGGCUACCGUACUAUUAGCCGGCCUCCUGGCCCUGGUCCACGCGGACACCCCAGCUAACUCCAAGGUGGUCUGCUACUACGAUAGCAAGAGCUAUGUUCGGGAAUCUAACGCGCGUAUGCUGCCCCUGGAUCUGGAUCCUGCCCUGUCGUUCUGCUCAUAUCUGGUCUACGGCUAUGCUGGAAUCCAACCCGACACCUACAAGAUGGUGCCUCUCAACGAGAACCUGGAUACAGGGAAGUCGCAUGACAACUACCGCGCCAUAGUGAACUCCGCGCAUAAACUCCCGAAUUUAAAGGCGCUACUCUCUGUGGGAGGAGACGCUGAUAAGGAAGACGCGGAAAAGUACAACACUUUGCUGGAGUCACCUCAAAGCCGUACAGCAUUCGUGAACUCCGGAGUACUCCUGGUGCAGCAGUAUGGUUUCGACGGCAUCGACCUCGCGUGGCAGUUCCCCAGGAUCAAGCCCAAGAAGAUCCGCUCCACUUGGGGAUCUAUCUGGCACGGUGUGAAGAAAACCUUCGGAACCACUCCUGUAGACGAGAAGGAGUCUGAGCAUCGCGAGGGCUUCACUGCUCUGGUCCGUGAACUGAGAUCUGCUCUGAAUGCCGUCAGGCCGAACAUGCAGCUUUCAGUCACUAUCCUACCUAAUGUUAAUGCCUCAGUGUACAUAGAUGUGCCUUCGAUGGUAAAUCUCGUGGACUUCUUCAACAUCGAAUCUUUCGACUACUACACUCCAGAACGUAACCCUAAGGAGGCUGACUACGCUUCGCCGACCUACACGCCCCAAGGCCGCAACCCUCUCUUGAAUACAGAUGCAGCUGUAUCAUAUUUCCUGCAAAGCGGUGCUCCUAGUGGUAAAAUCAUUGUUGGUAUUUCCACCAUCGGUCGCACGUGGAAGUUGGACUCAGACAGUGAGAUCGCUGGAGUGCCCCCACUACACGCCGAUGGCCCUGGAGAAGCAGGUCCUUACACUAAGACUGAAGGUCUCCUCAGUUACCCAGAAGUCUGCGCCAAGCUCAUCAACCCUAAUCACCAGAAGGGCAUGAGGCCACAUCUGAGAAAGGUCAACGACCCAAGUGAACGUUUCGGAACAUACGCUUUCCGCCUCCCUGACGACAGUGGAGAAGGCGGUCUCUGGGUGAGCUACGAAGAUCCCGACACAGCUGGCAAGAAGGCCAACUACGUCAAGACAAAGAAACUUGGAGGUGUAUCUAUAGUAGAUUUAUCAAUGGACGACUUCCGGGGUCUCUGCAAUGGAGAGAAGUACCCCAUACUCCGUGCUGCCAAAUACAGGCUGUAAAUCGUAUUCUUAUGUAACAUAUAUUAAAGUACAAGUUACUAAUCAAACUUUGCCAUUUACUGAAAUUAAAAAUAGGAAUUGUAUAAGGAACUGUAAUAAAUAAUAAAUUUUAAGAAA